UUAAGAAGAGCCUAUUUCUCUGCACUGUUUAACCAUGUUCCACACGUGUGUUUCACUACGGAACAGACAGGAGCCUUAGCCAUUUUCAUACUGCGCAUUAACAGCACGACAAUCAGAAUACAACGCUGCAGAGAAUAUUACCAGUGAGCUAUUCUCUGCUUCCCAUCAUUGGCUUAUAUUCCAUAAACACGGCUGCAGUAUGGAGAAAUACAUACAAGUAGUUAGUGUUUCUGGAAUCGAUAGUGAGAUUACAGUAGUGGAGCGGACUGAUGAAAGUAAGUUCCAGUUCUCAGAGGUUUAUAACAUAAUAAGGGGAAAAAUGCAGACAAUACUUCUUGGAAACUGGACAAAUCAGAAGACAGCCAUGGACUUACUGCCUAAGCAUUAUAAAUUCAGUACCAAUAGACGUGGAAAUCUUUAUCUGAACCCACUCAGAAUUGUGCUUGCGAGAAUGACAAAUAAUUUCAAUCCUAAAAACUUCUCUAUCAAAACGGGGUAUCAACCAUUUGAUCUAAAUAUUGAAAUAUUUCUUUUAUUUCAAGAAAUGUUUAACUUCAGCCUUGACAUAAUUGACUCUAAUGCUGUCACUGGUGAUGCUGCUGUACUGAAGACUAUUACUAAUGGAGAUGCUGAUAUUGCCCCAAUUAUAAUGGGUGUCAUUCGUGAGAGAGCUGAAUUUAUUCAUUUCAUACACCCAAUAGGUGGAUUACGCCUUUCUAUGCUUUUUGUGCGGCCAACAAAAGCGUCCCUACAGAAUGUGUUUUUCUUACCAUUUUCUGUGGAUGUGUGGCUUUCAGUAUUUACUGUUACAAUACUCACCUUUCUAACACUAACAUUUGCUGUUAUGAGUGUGAACAAGAAGGAAAAUUGCUCAGAUUACUCAUGGAAUGUCUCUGAAAUUCUUCUACUAACUAUUGGUCUUGCCUGCCAACAAAGUUCUACAAGACUGCCCAACAGUACAGCUGCCAACAUGAUUAUCAAUUGGUUUUCUUUUGUGGCGAUACUGCUUUUCAGUGCUUAUUCUGGGCAGAUAAUUUCUUUUCUUUCCGUUCAUGAGUCACCAAUCCAGUCUGUUUCUGACCUGUCAGCAUUCCAUUAUAAACUGGGAGUUGAUAUGUUCCCAUAUAUUUCUCACUUAUUUAAGAUAUCCAAGAACAAGGACAUUCAAGAUCUGGGGGUAGGGCAUGAACUUAUACCUUCCCAAUCUGCACUCUUAUUUGUCAGCAAAGGACGUCGAUGUUACUGUACCUCUGAUUUCAAUAUGCAUAAAAUACUGAAUAGGCUCAGUGGUAAAGAAUAUUGUAAAUAUGAAGUCAUCAGACUAGCUGAUGGGACAGUGCUGCUUGCAAUGUCAGUAGCUCACAAUUCACCCUACAGAGAGAUGAUGAAUUAUGGCACUUUGAAAAUCCGUGAGCGAGGUGUAUUAUCGCGUUAUAAAGGAUGGCAUUCCACUGACACAGAUAUUUGCUUUCGGGACGUUGAACCUGUUGAAAUAGUUGACUUAUUACCUGUCUUCAUUUUACUAAGUUCUGGUAUUCUUUUGUCACUAAGUUUUCUAUUUAUUGAAAUCUUAUAUCACAAAAUUGGUUUAUAAAAUUUGUGACUUCAUGUAUGUGCAAACUUAAACUCAAUAAUGCUCUAAACAGCUGCAAUGAGGAAUCAGCACUUCUAUAGUAAUUGGUAUAGAACGAAAUAAUCACUCACUCACACAAACAUCACUUACAUACCAUCAUGAGGGAGAACCUCCUAUGGCAUGGAAUAAUUUGAGAACUACAAUAACAGAAAGAGGCAAGAGCUAUACACUAUGUCCAUAUGCUAUGGAAGCAAAAAAACAAUCAUUAAUAUUUUGUUGUGUUUGAUAUUGAGUCUGCUCUUAACUGUGCUUAAAUACCAGAAGUAACCAGCUUACUUAGGAGGAGAUACAACUUUGGAGAAGUCUGUAUUUUACUGUUCUGAAAUUUGGCAGCUGUUUUAUCUUUCAAUAUGUAUUUCACAUUUAUUUCUGUAAACUUAUACAGGGAUUAUCAUUAUUAUUUCUAAAAAUAAGUACUAUUUUAUUAUUUAUGUUUGGCCUAUCUCACCACCUAGUACUAACAGGAAUUUGUGGCCCCUGAGAACAGAUAAUCCAGUGAUUUAUGAAAUUUAUGGCCACUAUUUUUGAACGUUGGGAGAUCGGAAUUUAUUUCUUAAUGAGUACAUGGGGCUGAUUAUAAAUUUGAGAAUACAUUAUGGAAUUCCAUUACGAACUCUAGAGAAGAUUAUAAAAGUAUGUGUAUUAAAUAUUUUGUAACUUUUCCUGUGGAUGUGUAUCUCACAGAUGAAGGGAUCUGCAGAAAAAAAUACUAAACCACAACGGCAUAUUUUUAGCCACUACAUGUUAUAUGUUGAAAGACAAAAACAUAAAUGCAAUAAGAAAUAGCAGUUAUUAUAGAAGACAGUGCUUUCUGGCAGUUGGUGUUGAAUUACUUGUUACCAGCAGUGGUGCCAUUGAAUUUGCAACAGAUAACAUGAUCAGACUAAUUCUUACUAAAUUGAGGGUUAGUACUUUCUUCUGCAGAUCCCUUCAGUACACAUGAAGAUGAGUUUCACUAUGUGUCAAUCUAUGAAAAAGAAAAUAUAUUGGCUUAUGAUUGU